CAGGAGGGAAAAAAAAAAAAAAAAAAAAAUCUGGGAGGAGGUGGCUGGCCACACCCCGCGGUGCCCGAGAGUUUCCCCCGCAGAGGAAGGCCGCCCAGGCAGACGCCGGCGAGAUGCGGAGCCCGCCGCUGCUGACCGCCGCCCACCUCCUCUGCCUGUGCUGCGCGGCAGUGGCCGCGGCCCCCCGGCCCCGGUUUCUGGUGACAGCCCCAGGGAUCAUCAGGCCCGGAGGAAAUGUGACUAUUGGAGUGGAGCUUCUGGAACACAGUCCCUCACAGGUCACUGUGAAGGCAGAGCUGUUCAAGAUGGCAUCAAACCUAAACGUGUCUGUCCUGGAAGCAGAAGGGGUCUUCGACAAAGGCUCUUUCAGGACACUUACUCUUCCAUCAAUACCCCUGAACAGUGCAGAUGAGAUGUAUGAGCUACGUGUGACCGGGCGUGCCCAGGAUGAGAUUUUAUUCUCUAAUAGUACCCGCUUAUCAUUUGAGACCAAGAGAAUAUCUGUCUUCAUUCAAACAGACAAGGCCCUGUACAAGCCAGCACAAGAAGUGAAGUUUCGGGUUGUUACACUCUUCUCAGAUUUCAAGCCUUACAAAACUUCUCUAAACAUUCUACUUAAGGACCCCAAGUCCAAUUUGAUCCAACAGUGGUUGUCGCAGCAAAAUGAUCUUGGAGUGGUUUCUAAAACUUUCCAGUUAUCUUCCCAUCCAAUAGUUGGUGAUUGGUCCAUUCAGUUCAGUGAAUACAUUGCCAGCUGUGCCCUGGGGCACACACCCUCCUCCUGUUCUUCUGAGAACCACUGGUAUGAGAAGGAAGUAGUCAUACACGAGUAUAAGACCCUGAGAGAAG